AUGUUACAAGAUCAAGGUAACAGAGGGAAGGAGUAUUGCGAUCUGACGGCAAGAGGAGACAUCAUUGAACUCGGACCGGAAGUCAGACAACAGAAUGCUCACGGGUCUGGAGGACCCAAACUAAUACGGCAGAGGGGGUGCCCGGGCUGGACCGAAGUCCAUUUGGGCUUGUCGGGGGUCGGCCACACCGGUAUCCGUGCCGCCCUUGGCUCACUUUACUCACUACUCGAGACACUUACGAAGGUCAGUGAGGAUCUCGAUUCCCCUCCCCGCCGCAUGGCGGAGGUUGUCACGGGUCACCCACCGGUAAAGAAUACCGGGGGCAUUAGGGAAGAUCCUCCACCAACAUACGAGAGCAGAGAAAGUGUAGUAAACGGCCGGCGGCACAAGAGGAUACCGGUACCAGGGCAUGAUUCGGGCGGACCGCUGAAGGGCUAUAGGACGCUGGGGAAGAGCCUGGAUUCGACGAAGAAGAAGAAAAGAAAAGAAGAGAUCCAGGCUCGCAGACAUCUUGAAAUACCCAGCUUCUCUCCGAACGAGGACAACUGA